AUGGUUCAGCAGAAUCAAUUCGGAGGAGGACCGCACGAUGAUCCAAACCAUCGCUUAGAGCUUUCCUACGAUAUAUGUGGUACUAUGAAAGUGAAUAGAGUUCCUCCAGAAUCAGUGAGAUUGCUUCUUUUCAGAUUUUCCUUGAAAGACAGAGCCAAGCAGUGGCUAAAUUCUCUUCCAGCAAACAGCAUAUCAUCUUGGGAGCAGUGUGAGCAGAAAUUUCUGGACAAGUUCUACCCACCAAGCAAAACUGCCCACAUGAGGAACUUGAUCACUAGCUUCAAACAGAUAGACUCAGAAUCAUUAUUUGAAGCCUGGGACAGAUUCAAAACAGGAGGAGCACUAAUGAACAAGAGUCUUGAUGAAGCCGAAGAGAUCAUAGAGAAUAUGGCACAGAACCAUCAUCAGUGGGCAACUGAAAGAUCUGGUGAUUCUUUCUCAGGGAAUCUAAUAAAGGUGUUAGAAAAAUUCGACGUAGAUACAGUCACACUCAUGUCUGCAAAACUGGACGCUCUGACCAAGAAGUUUAAGGUCAUGGGGAACAACAACAACAUGGCCAAUGCAAUAAUAAACCAACUUGGGCAGUACAAUGCGAUAGUCAGCUACAACCAAAGGCAAAACAAUCCGUACUCCAAUACAUACAACCCAGGACGGAGGAAUCACCCGAAUUUCUCAUACCGAAAUAAUCAGGACCAAGGGCCAACAAAACAAAACUAUCAACCUGGACAACAGAUCUACUCACCUGGACAGCAGAGCUACUCAUCUGGACAACAGACUUAUCAACAACAGCAACCUUCACAAUUAUCCAGAAUUGAAAAGAUGCUAGAGGAAGCUCUCUCAGAGCAAAAAGAGAUGAAGAAUGAGAUUAAGCUGUUGACUCAAAGAAUGGAAAAUUCUGAGAAACACCAAAAGAUGCAAGACAACCAGAUAGCUCAGAUAGCCCAAUCCUUCUCAAGAGGACAGGGAACAUUUCCAAGAAAGCCAAAUAUAAACCCAGUGGAACACUGCAACCGUAUCGAGCUGAGGAGCGGACGAACUGAUAUGCAGAGCCUCCACGAGCUAGCCGUGAGUAUUUCAUGGGUGUGGGGGCAUCAGAGAAACCAAAAUGGCGAAAGGCGAGUCACCGUGAGCUUAAAGGAGUCAGCCAUGUGA